AUGCCUACUCCGUUGGAUCGGGCAAUGAAUUCCAAGAAUCUAUUCCUGGGAUUUGCCGGAAUGAUUUCGGCCGCCGCAGUUUGGGCCAUCUGGGGCAACGACAUGUUUCCUGCGGAGCAAGAUCCGAUUGGAGACCCCGAAGACUGGACAGCCGAAGAGCUGAAAAGGUGGCUUCGCUUGAGAGGCCUUCUGCCAAACGCGAGGGCCACGCGUGAAGAGCUACUUGAGCGAGUCAAAGCGAAUUUGCGUGUGCCAAGGGCUUCCGGCCAGUAG